AAAACGAAGCUACUGGGACACGUUGUUGCAUCAGAUUGAAGAUUUUGGAAUGGCAGCAUCUGGGGAACAGGCAAAGGGAAAGAGGGUACUGCCCGCUUGGUCCCCUCCAGAAGGAACGGAGCAGCCGAGACUCCACCUGUACAACAGCCUGACUCGCAGGAAGGACGAGUUUGUGCCUCAGAAUGGGAAGCAGGUGUUGUGGUACUGCUGCGGACCCACUGUCUACGAUGCCUCCCACAUGGGACAUGCAAGAUCUUAUAUAUCGUUUGACAUCCUGCGAAGAGUCUUAAUGAAUUACUUCAAAUACGAUGUAUUCUACUGCAUGAACAUCACAGACAUUGACGAUAAGAUCAUAAAGAGAGCCCGGCAGAACCACCUGUUUGAGCAGUACAGAGAGAAGAUGCCAGCUCCUACACAGGUCCUGGGAGAUGUCCAGACUGCAUUAAAGCCCUUCCUGGUAAAGCUGGCAGAAACAACAGACCCUGACAAGAAGCAGAUGCUGGAGCGCCUUCACACAGCAGUGACCUCAGUGCUGGUGCCCCUGCAGGAGGCAAUGCAAAGGGGAGCAGCCACCAGCGAAGUAGCGUCCAGGGCAGAGCUGUUACUCGAAGAAGCCAAGGACCUGCUUUCUGAUUGGUUGGAUUCCCAGUUAGGCAGUCAGGUCACUGAGAACUCCAUCUUUUCCAUCCUUCCAAAGUACUGGGAAGGGGAAUACCACCAGGAUAUGGAAGCACUUAAUAUCCUGCCUCCGGAUGUGCUGACCAGAGUCAGUGAGUAUGUACCAGAGAUUGUGGCGUUUGUGAAAAAGGUGGUGGAGAAUGGUUAUGGGUAUGUCUCAAACGGUUCUGUGUAUUUUGACACAGCGCAGUUUGGCAGCUGUGAAAAGCACUCUUAUGGCAAGCUGGUUCCAGAGGCUGUAGGGGACCAGAAAGCACUGCAGGAAGGGGAAGGUGACCUGAGUAUCUCAGCUGACAGGCUUAGUGAGAAGAGGUCUCAGAAUGACUUUGCCCUGUGGAAGGCUUCAAAACCUGGGGAGCCAUCAUGGGACUCCCCCUGGGGAAAGGGACGGCCAGGCUGGCACAUCGAAUGCUCUGCAAUGGCCGGCUCCAUCUUGGGAGAAUCCAUGGACAUCCAUGGAGGAGGGUUCGACCUCCGCUUCCCUCAUCACGACAAUGAGUUGGCACAGUCCGAGGCAUAUUUUGAGAACGACCACUGGGUGCGCUAUUUCCUGCACACAGGUCACCUGACCAUUGCUGGCUGCAAGAUGUCCAAGUCUCUGAAAAACUUCAUUACCAUCAAGGAUGCUCUAGCAAAACACACAGCUCGACAGCUCCGACUGGCAUUCCUAAUGCACUCGUGGAAGGACACUCUAGACUAUUCCAGCAACACUAUGGAGUCUGCCAUCCAGUACGAGAAGUUCAUCAAUGAGUUCUUUUUAAAUGUGAAGGAUAUCCUGAGAGCUCCAACUGACAUUACCGGCCAGUAUGAGAAGUGGGAUUCUCAGGAAAUUGAGCUCAACAAGAGCUUGUAUGAGAAGAAGGCAGCGGUACACAGGGCUCUGUGUGACAACGUGGACACUCGCACUGCCAUGGAGGAGAUGAGGGCCCUGGUGAGCCUGGGAAACACCUACAUCGCCGCCAAGAAGAGCAGCAGACAGGCCCCCAACAGGAUGCUGCUGCAGAGCGUGGCAGCCUACCUCACUGAGAUGCUGAGGGUCUUUGGCGCUAUAGAUGAAGUGGAGUCUAUUGGAUUUCCUGUGGGAGGAAGUGGCCAGAAUAUGGAUCUUGAGGCCACUGUGAUGCCCUACCUGAGCAUCCUGUCAGACUUCAGGGAAACCGUAAGAAAGAUCGCUCGGGAAAACAAAGUCAUGGAGGUCCUGCAGCUGUGCGAUGCUCUGCGCGAUGACGCUCUCCCGGAACUCGGAGUGCGCCUGGAGGACCACGAAGGCCUCCCGACGGUGGUAAAGCUGGUUGAUCGUGAGACGUUAUUGAAGGAGAGGGAGGAGAAGAAACAGGUGGAGGAAGAGAAGAAGAGGAAGAAAGAAGAGGCGGCCCGGAAGAAACAGGAACAGGAAGUGGCAAAACUAGCAAAGAUGAAGAUCCCACCAAGUGAAAUGUUCCGCUCAGACACUGACAAGUACUCGAACUUCGACGACAGUGGUUUUCCCACGCAUGACGCAGAGGGCAAGGAGCUCAGCAAAGGACAGACAAAGAAGCUGAAGAAACUGUAUGAUGCUCAGGAGAAGCUUUACAAGGACUACCUGGAGAUGAUUCAGAACGGAAGGAUUAGCUGAAAGUGUCCUGGCCAGCAAAGCCAACGGAGGUGAUCUCUGCUAGCCAGCUGAAGCUGUCAGGUGGAGGGUGGAGGGUGGAGGGUGGGGGGUGAGGGGUGAGGGGGUCAAUGCUCCUGGCAGGAUCGCAGGUGUCUGACUCACAUCAACGUCUGAGCAUUGGCCUGAUCAAAGCGAGAGAAGCGCCAAUCUCCAUUCUGUAAAAAGGAUCUCUAAACAAAUAGUUAUGAAGUGAACGUCUGGUGCAUAUACGGUAUGUGUCCAUCUUUGAAAAUAAUUUUAUGGAAUUAAAAUAUGGUAUUAAAAUCA